CAAUCCCCAUAACGCCAUGGAAGGCGGAAGCUGUCUGAAGAAGUAAACUGCAAGUCUCUUGUAUGGCUAACAAAGCUCCAGGCCCAGGCAGUGGCGCGGGCCCAAGUCCAACAAAGAAAGAACACCACUGCUAAUUUAAAAGCAUAUAUACGGCAUCUCUUCCGAAUCGUCUCUUCCCCAAAUUAUUCACCUUUCCCUCUUCAAUUUUCUCACUUUCUCGCUUAAUACUCUCUAAUAUAUCUCCAUCGCUCACGCCGAUCGUCGAUAUUAGGGUAUCGAAUUGCCAAAAAUGCCUCUCUUCCUGACGGAGGAGGAGCUCUCGCGGUACGCGAAUGACGCCGUUGCGGUGGCGGAGAAGGCCGACGCGUUCAUCUGCGAGCUGUACAAGGAGGUCGACACCGUGAGGGCUGAGGCCGACGCCGCUUCCAUCACCGCCGAGCAGACCUGCUCGCUCCUCGAGCAGAAGUACCUCUCCCUCUCCGCCGAGUUCUCCAAGCUCGAGUCCCAAAACGCUCAGCUUCAAUCCUCCCUCGACCACCGCCUCUCUGACCUUGCCCAAGUCCAGACCGAAAAACACCAACUCCAUCUGCAAUCGAUUGGGAAGGACGGGGAGAUAGAGAGGUUGACGAUGGAGGUUUCGGAAUUGCAUAAGUCUAAGCGGCAGUUGAUAGAGUUGGUGGAGCAGAAGGAUUUGGAAAUCAGUGAGAAGAAUGCCACUAUCAAGAGCUAUCUUGAUAAGAUUGUCAACUUGUCCGACAAUGCUGCGCAGAGGGAGGCUCGUGUGAGUGAAAUCGAGGCGGAGUUGGCUCGUACUCAGGCUUCAAGUUCUCGUUUUUCACAGGAGAAGGAACUCAUUGAGAGGCAUAAUGUGUGGCUCAAUGAUGAGUUGACUGCCAAAGUUGACAGUCUCAUUGAGUUGCGUAGAAAAUAUAAUGAUCUUGAGGCCGAUAUGACCACUAAGCUUGCAGAUGUUGAGAGGGAAUUCAAUGAAUGCUCUAGCUCAUUACAAUGGAACAAGGAAAGAGUGAGGGAAUUAGAAAUGAAACUGACAUCCUUGCAGGAGGAAUUGUGCUCAUCUAAAGAUGCUGCUGCUACCAAUGAAGAGCGAUUAUCUGCUGAACUUGCAACAGUAAAUAAGCUGGUUGAACUACAUAAGGAAAGUUGCGAGGAAUGGUCCAGAAAGGCGGGAGAGCUUGAGGGUGUCAUCAAAGCCCUAGAGACGCAUUUGAGUCAAGUUGAAAGUGAUUACAAAGAGAGACUUGAAAAGGAAGUAUCUGCAAGAAACCAAUUUGAAAAGGAGGCCAAAGAUCUGAAAGCACAACUUGAGAAGUGUGAAGCUGAUAUCGAAAACAGUAGAAAAUCAAAUGAACUGAAUCUUCUUCCACUUAGCAAUUUCAGUACCGAACUAUGGAAUAAUUCAUUUGAAGAAAAUGACAUGGUUGAGGAUAAUCGCAUGGUUGAGGCUAAUCGCAUGAUUGUCCCCAAGAUUCCUGCAGGUGUUUCAGGAACAGCCUUGGCUGCUUCGCUUCUGCGGGAUGGUUGGAGUCUGGCUAAAAUGUAUUCGAAAUAUCAAGAGGCUGUUGAUGCCCUGAGACACGAACAGUUGGGAAGGAAGCAAUCUGAGGCCAUUUUGCAACGGGUCUUAUAUGAAUUGGAGGAGAAAGCGGAAGCCAUUUUGGAUGAAAGAGCGGAGCAUGAGAGAAUGGCGGAGGCAUAUUCUAUGAUCAACCAAAAAAUGCAGAACUCUCUGUCGGAACAGGCGAACUUGGAGAAAACCAUCCAGGAAUUGAAGGCUGACUUGAGGAGGCAUGAACGUGACUAUACUUAUGCUCAGAAGGAGGUUGUUGACCUCCAAAAACAGGUGACUGUUCUUCUUAAGGAAUGCCGAGAUAUACAACUUCGUUGUGGAUCUACUGGGCUUGAUAGUAUCAAUGAUGGUACAACUAUUGUUGGGACAAAUGCAGAGUCUGAUACUGAAAAAGUUAUUUCAGAACGCCUUUUGACAUUUAAGGACAUAAAUGGAUUAGUUGAGCAGAAUGUCCAACUCAGGAGCCUUGUGCGCAAUCUUUCUGAUCAGGUUGAAAGUAGAGAGAUGGAGUUCAAGGAAAAGUUUGAAAUCGAGCUAAAAAAUCAUACAGAGAAAGCUGCCUCUAAAGUGGCAGCUGUAUUACAAAGAGCUGAAGAGCAAGGACGCAUGAUUGAAUCCCUUCACUCCUCUGUUGCGAUGUACAAAAGGUUAUACGAAGAGGAACACAAACUUCAAUCAUCUCUGCCCUAUUCUGCAGAAGCUGCUCCAGAUGAUAGGAGGACCGAUCUCAAGCUUCUUGAAAGAUCUCAGGAAGCUACUAAAAAGGCCCAUGAGCAGGCCAUGGAGCGAGUUAGAUGUCUUGAAGAAGAAUUGGCGAAGUCUAGGAGCGAGAUUAUAUCGUUGCGAUCAGAGCGUGACAAGUUGGCUUUGGAAGCAAAUUUUGCUAAAGAGAGACUUGAUAGGUUUAUGAAGGAGUUUGAAAAUCAGAGAAGGGAAGCCAAUGGCAUUUUAGGUAGAAAUGUGGAGUUUUCGCAGUUAGUAGUUGACUACCAACGGAAGCUGCGUGAAAGUUCUGAAUCUUUGCAUGCUGCUGAGGAGCUUUCUAGGAAACUGACUAUGGAGGUAUCUAUUCUAAAGCGUGAAAAGGAAAUGCUAUUAAAUGCUGAGGAGAGAGCCUGCAAUGAAGUGCGUAGUUUGUCGGAGAGGGUGUAUCGUGUCCAGGCUAGUUUGGACACUGUUCAGAGUGCCGAGGAAGUUCGUGAGGAGGCAAGAGUUGCUGGGAGGAGAAAACAGGAGGAGUAUAUAAAGCAAGUUGAGAGGGAAUGGGCUGAGGCUAAGAAAGAGCUGCAGGAAGAACGGGACAAUGUUCGAACCCUCACACUAGACCGUGAGCAGACUAUAAAAAAUGCUAUGAGACAGGUUGAAGAAAUGGGAAAAGAGUUAGCUAAGGCUUUGCAUGCUGUUGCAGCUGCUGAAUCCAGAGCUGCUGUUGCUGAGGUGAAACUAUCUGAUGUGGAGAGAAAAAUCAGAUCUUCAGGUGCUAAGGAUGUUGAGAUGGAUGGUGGGAGUGAGCCUUUGUCUUUCGCAAGGGAUGAUGUUAUUGCGGAACUGCGUGUGGCAAAGGAAGAGAUUGAAAAACUGAAAGUGGAAGCACAGGCUAACAAGGAUCACAUGCAGCAGUAUAAGAGUAUUGCAGAGGUGAAUGAAGAUGCGUUGAAACAGAUGGAAUGUGCCCAUGAGACCUUUAAGAUUGAGGCAGACAAACUAAAGAAAUCACUAGAAGUUGAGCUGCUUUCCCUUAGAGAGAGGGUAUCUGAACUUGAACAUGAAUCUAGUUUUAAAUCAGAAGAAGUGGCUUCUGCAACUGCAGGGAAAGAGGAGGCUCUUGCUUCUGCUUUGGCAGAAAUAACAAAUCUAAAGGAGGAAACUUUGGUUAAGACUUCCCAAAUUGUACAAAUGGAAAUUCAAAUUUCUGCUUUGAAAGAAGACUUGGAGAAGGAGCAUCAGCGAUGGCGUGCUGCUCAAGCUAAUUAUGAAAGACAGGUCGUCCUCCAGUCUGAGACUAUUCAGGAGUUAACAAAAACAUCACAAACCUUGGCUGCGCUCCAGGAGGAAGCAUCUGAGUUGCGUAAAGUAGCGGAUGCUCACAAAAGUGUUAAUGAUGACUUGAAGGUUAAGUGGGAAGUAGGGAAGGCAGUGCUUGAGGAAUCAAAGAAUGAAGCUGAGAGGAAGUACAAAGAAAUCAAUGAACAGAACAAAAUACUGCACGAUCGACUUGAGGCUUUGCACAUUCAAUUGGCAGAGAAGGACCGUAAUUCUGUGGGAAUUUCUUCUGGUAGCAUCGGCACUGAUAAACUUCCUGAUAUUGGUUUACAGAAUGUUCUUAAUUAUCUCCGUAGGUCAAAAGAAAUUGCAGAAACAGAAAUUUCAUUGCUAAAACAGGAAAAAAUGCGACUGCAAUCACAACUUGAGAGUGCUCUCAAGGCAGCAGAGACUGCCCAAGCAUCAUUGCAAGCGGAGCGUGCAAAUUCAAGAACUUUGAUCUUCACUGAGGAAGAAAUCAAAUCUUUACAACUUCAGGUUAGAGAAAUGAACUUACUUCGUGAAAGUAACAUCCAACUCAGAGAAGAAAACAAGCACAAUUUUGAGGAGUGCCAGAAAUUGCGUGAAGUAACUCAAAAAGCUAGGGUUGAGACUGAAAAACUAGAGAGCCUGCUAAGUGAGAGACAGAUUGAGGUGGAAGCUUGUAAGAAAGAAAUUGAAAUGCAAAAGAUUGAGAAAGAUCACCUGGAAAAGAGGGUUUGUGAGUUACUUGAAAGGUGUAAAAAUAUAGAUGUGGAAGAUUAUAAUCGUAUGAAGGAUGAUGUUCAACAGAUGCAGGAGAAACUGAAAGAGAAGGAUGCCCAGAUAGAUGAGCUCAGAAAGCUUCUUUCUGAAAGGCAGGAUACAAUAUCAAAAUUAGAGAAAGAUCUUUCAAAAUGCAAAUUGGAACUGAAUGAGAAAGAGAAGAGGAUAAACGAUAUCUUGCAAGUUGAGGCAAGUUCAAAGCUAGACAUAGAGAAGCAAAGGAAAGGAACAUUUCAGUUGAAGAGGAGGGUUGAAGCUCUAGUAAAGGACAAGGAGGAACUGAACAAGGAGAAUCAAGCUCUUUCUAGGCAGUUGGAGGAGGUCAGACAAGUGAAAAGGUCAAUUGGUGAUACUAAUGGUGAACAGGCCAUGAAGGAGGAGAAAGACACCAAGAUACAGACUCUAGAGAAACAUUUGGAGAGGCAAAGAGAGGAGUUAAGGAAGGAGAAGGAAAGGCGUCUGAAGAUUGAGAAGGCAAUAAGGGAUUCUUAUAAUAACGUUGAGCAGGAUAAAACCAAGUUCAUAAAUGAACUUGAGAUGCAUAAGCAGGCGAUGAAGCGGCUCUCAGACGAAAUUCAAAAGGUUAAGCAAGCAAAAGACAAUUUGCCAGAGGGUGCUUCAGCGGUUCAACUUCUUUCUAGCACUACUGCCCUGGAUGAUUCUGCUGGUGCCUAUGGGUUGGCUGUUGAAAAUUUUGAGAGGGCGGCACGUUCAGUUUUCAGUGAGCUUGGAGCCCGUGGUGGUCCCUUGGACACCUCUUUAAUUGCAGACACUCCAUCAGCAGCUGCUGCAGGUCCCAUAGUCUCCAUUCAAGCCCCUAGUUUUGUACCCUCAAUGGGACCUGCGACAAGUGGCUUACCAGCUAAAGUAACUGAAGAAAGUGAUAAGAGGUUCCCUUUCGCCAAAACCACUGCUGAGACCCGGAGAAUAAGUAGAAAGUUGGUCCGGCCCCGGCUUGUCAAAUCUGAAGAGCCACAGGGUGAUAUAGAAAUUUCAGAGGUGGAAGGAUCUAACAUUGUGGGCAAACCUGCACCUCCUAGUGACACAGAAAAUCAGGGACAUCUUAGUGUACAAACACAACCAUUGGCUCGCAAACGUAUAGCGUCUUCAUCCACUUCUGAGUUGCAUGAAGAAUCAGUCAUCCAAGGAGAAACCAGUUCUGAUGUGGCAGCACCUGUGCUGAAGAAGUCCAAAGUUUCAGAACCCCACCAAGAGAUUGCUGGAGGACAAUUUUCUGCUCCUGUAGAAGAACUUGGAACUCUACCAGGUACUGAAGAAUCAUUUGGUGGUGGUGAGCUGCCACAAGGUUCAAAUGAGGAAGCAAUGGAUGCCGAGAAGGAAGAGGUUGACACUAUUGGGGAUAAAGCUGAGGCGGCAAAAGAACAAUUAGAUGGCAUGAGUCAAGAUGAAUUGCAGAGUGAGAAGAACAAUGUUCUAGAAGAGAAUUUGGAUAGACCAGGUGGAUCAGAGAUGGUUUCUGAUGAUGGUCCAAAGGAUCAAGCUGAGCAAGAGAACCAGCAGUCAAUUUUGGAGUCUGGAAGUGAUAGAGAAGAGGGGGAGCUCGUGCCUGAUGUUGCAGACCCCGAGGCUGGUGGUGAUAUUUCCAACACAAUGGGGAGCCCAGAAAUAGUGGAAGGUCAAGCUGAGCCUGUUGCAACCCCAGUGGCUUCACCGGCUAGGGCUGAUGACGAAGCUUUAGUUGGUGCAGCACUGGAGCUUGGUGAGAUAAAUUCUCUGGAGGGUGUAAAUGAUGAUAAGAAUGAUGUAACCGAGGAGACUGCCGAGGGUUCUGAUAAAUCAAAUGAUGGAAACGACCAAGUAGCAGUUGAGGCUGAUCAGGUCACUGAAGAUCUCUCUGUUCCAGUCGAGAGUACUUCAGCAAGUGCUGCUGCGGAAGUUGAUGUCCCAGAACAAGCGAGUCCUGUCUCAAAACAAGCUAGUUCAACCGUCACUACAGAAGGGGAAGUGGUAAGACAGAAAUCCCCUGCAGGUAGCACUUCAACUACUAUAAACCUUUCAGAGCGAGCUAGGCAGAAUGCUGCCAAAAGAUUAGGUGUGGUUUCUUCUCCAGUGGUUAGAGGCCGUGGACGAGCAGUACCACGUGGUCGAGCUGGACGUGGUACGCGUGGUGGGCGUAUGGGACGGGGACAAUCACCCAGUGAACAAGGUUAAGCUUGGCGCUUUUCGCCCUUUCUUUCCUAUUUAAAUCUCCUUUUUCGUCGAAUGUGAUUUAAUGUGGUGUCACAAUUUUUAGUGUUUGGAUUCAGACACUUGAGGAAGAUUCUGCCUCUGCAUUCUGUUUAUAGAACUUAUAGUAAAUAUAUGCAGAAGCGUUUAUCUAUUGAUGAUUGGAAUAUGUAAAAUCAAUUUUGGCAUUUUACAAAGUAUUAUUAUUAUUAUUAUUAUUAUUAUUAUUGCUGUUUAAUAUAUUGCCCUUUUGUUUAA